AUUACUCAAAAGUCUAAAUGGUAGAGAAUAUUCCUAGGUACCAAGUUUAUCUUCUAAUGCUUGGCAUGACUUUUGCAGGAAGUGCUUCAACAAUAACUCAAAAACUGCAAAACAGUCAGAUGUAUUUUAACGACCAAGAACAGCAAAGAGUAAAAUAUCAGCAUCCAUUCUUUCAGACAUUUGUUAUGUUAGUAGGCGAAUUAGUUUGAUUGCCAUUAUUCUAUCUCAUGAGAUGCAACGAAAUAAGAAGGUAUGGCGAGAAAGAAAGUAUCCCUUCUUAUAUCUCUGCACAAGAAAGAGGGCUUAAUAUGAAACCAAGCAAACUAUGGCUAAUAAUCCCUGCGAUUUUUGAUUUGCUAGGAUCAACUUUGUUAUUUAUAUCACUCACAAUGAUCUCAGCAAGUGUUUAUCAAAUGUUAAAAGGAGCUUUGGUUUUCAUUGCUACAAUCUAUAGCAUAAUUUUUCUGAAGAGAAGAUACCAUCGUCAUCAUUGGACUGCCCUCUUCAUUGUCAUCACAGGUGUAAUCAUCGUUGGGGCUAGUCCAAUCAUAUAUCCUGAAGAGGACAGCCAAACAGAAGAGAUAGGAGCUGGGACAAUAAUAUUUGGUAUUAUUUUAGAAGUAGUUGCACUUCUUUUUAUUGGAGGAAACUGGAUCUCAGAAGAAAUCCUUUUCCAAUUCUACUAUCUUCAUCCCAUCGAAGUAGUAGGAUGGGAAGGAUUUUGGGGAGCUCUCAUGUAUUGUUUUAUUCUUAUCGGAUUCCAAUUCAUCCCUUGUCAUAACACCAAAAUUUGCAGAUAUGGAGUGAUGGAAGAUACCAUUCAUGCUUUUUAUGAGUUUGGUCAAAAUAAUCUUCUGUGGAUGUUUGCUAUUUUGCUCAUCGUAUGGACUGCAUUGUUCAAUAUUUUUAAUGUUGCAGUGACAAAGUAUGCAAGUGCUGCUCAAAGAUCAACAGUUGAUACUUGUCGAACAGCUCUUAUUUGGGCUUUCUUUAUUUUCUACACAGGUGAAGGGCAUGAAAGGUUCAUUUGGCUAGAACUUGUUGGUUUUACUUUGCUCAUCAUAGGAACUCUGAUUCAUACUGAAGUAAUAAUCUUCCCAUUCUUCGGAUUUAACAAAAAUACACAAAAAUCGAAAGAAGAUAUGACGAAACAGAAGCAUAAUGUGAAUGAAAGCGAUAGGGAUAAAAUUUUAUCAGAAGACACGUAUAGAUCUUAAGAAUUUUCAAUUUAAAAGAAGAAAUUUCCAAAUAACCUUAAAAUACUUUUUCAAUACAACUAGAAUAAAAAUUUCAA